AUUGCCAUGCUGUUCAAGACAUCGUCAUAGUUCAUGCAGCACAAAGGCGUUACAAUGACACGAAAUUCAAUUCUACAGCAGAAAUAGAUUGUGAAGAUGGAUAUUACAAUCAAAGACAAAAUCAAACACCUGCAACAUCAACUACUAUAAUCAAAUGUUCUAAACAAGGAACUUGGACCAACAUUCCUAACUGCAUACGCAAAGAUUGCGGAUCUCUUGAAAUAUUAAAUAUAUCAAAUGCUGCAAACAGACUCAUAUUUACUGACACAAAAUACGGAUCCACUGCUGCUGUAAUAUGUAAGACAGGGUACUAUGAUAAAAGUAAAGUCCAGAUGAAGGGAGUAUCAUCCACACUGCUCAAAUGUUCUGAGAACGGAACGUGGGUUAAAGUGCCAAACUGUGUCCGAAAAAAUUGUGGAAACCUAAUAGAUAUCCCGAUAACUAAUGCCGAUCACAGACGUCUAUAUACAGAUACAAAAUUUGAAUCAAUAGCAGAUAUUAACUGUGAUGACGGAUAUUAUAUUAAAGGAAGAAAUCAAACAGCUGGAAUAUCAAACCAACAAAUUACAUGUUCUGAUACAGGAACAUGGAUCAAUGUGCCAAAAUGUGUUCCUAAAGGUAUGAAACAAUAA